UGCUGGCAUCGACCCGCUAAAAUGAUGUUAGCGUCAAUGCAACGUGGCUGAAAUCAAUGAGUCCUCCGCCCUCCCUCCGCCCUCCGCCCCUGCUCUCAGACCUGUACUCGACUGCUCUAUUUGUUUGUCUUGACUGCUGAACUUCCCGGGUUAUGUCACAUUCCAGGGAACGUGUCGGGACAGACUCACCUGCCACUGAGAACAAAAAGAACCACACGCGCUCUCUUUUUUUUUUCUCACACAUCUAGAGGAAUUUAAUGUUUCCACUGCAGUCACAGGAUGACACCGUCCCCUGUGAGUUGAACACUGCUUGUGAAACCGAGGCCGAAACACGGCCUGACCUCCCACCUAUAUCCUCCUCUCAAACCUCCCGCCCGCCGCUCGGCUGUCAUAUUUCCUGGCCCUUCACUGUUGUUGUUUCUGCUUUUAUUUGAUCCGCUGACUUUCCGGCCCAACCACUCACUCAGUGACACUGUACGUCGAUUAACCGGUCAUGGCAGUGACAUGUGGAAUUUUUCAUUACCUCGCCCCAGGGGGAACCGAGCUGCCUGUGCCUGUGUAUUUUUCUUUCCCACCCCUGCCUAUCUCUCUCUGUCUGUCUCUCACACGCUCUCAUUCCCUCCGCGCUGUGAGUCGGCCGGGGGGGCGAGCUGUGUUUUUGUUGUUUGUUAUUUGGCCAGAUGCGUGGGGCAGCAGCAGUAGCUGUCAGCGACUGAUCUCCUCUCCAUGGCCUGUCGUCCCCCCGGCUCUGGCUCCUACACUGUGGUUAUCAUCCCACUCAGGACCGGCCUCCACAGCCUGGAUGCGCUUCGCUUCUACCUAUGGGUUAAGCGUCAGAAGGAUCUAGAGAAGGAGAAGGACGCUCUGUGCUCUGGCCUGGAGAUCCUGGAGAAGGCCCGUCUCUGGUACCUCCAGCGGCUGCAGGAGAACAGAGCCAUGCAGGACAGGGUUGAGGCCAGAACUGGGUUCAGCUCGUACCAGGGUGGCGCAGCAGAGGACCGGUCUUGCCUCCUCAGGUCUCGGAUCCAGCGGGCGAAUGGCACUCUGGGUUCCAUGAUGUGUGAGCCAAACCUCACAAUGGGCAGCGACCUUUCUCUGCAGGACGCGGUGGCGGUCAGUGAACUUCGCUGGCGCAACACACUGCUGACUCGGGAGGUGAGCGACAGGAAUCGUCAGAUAUCCAUAUUAGAAUCUGAAAACGACGCACUCGUGGAAAAGCUUGAUGAGCUGUAGGUCCACUGGUUGCCAAGACACACGUUUGUGCACACGAACCAGAGGACACAUGAGUUAUAAUGCAAACUUUCAUUUCAUGUAAUGUCGAACAGUUGGUAGUACUUGUAAAUAUGUAUUUAAUUAAUGAAUGACGCUGAAGGAUCCAUCAUUUCCUCCUGUGUUCUUUUUGUUUUCAAAUGAUUAGAAAACAUAGCAUUUUUCACUUAAAUACUGCUUGCAUCAAUGGGGAAUCAAGUUACAAUUUCAUUUAUAUUGUAACAUGUAUGAUGUUGUCCACUGUACGACGGGGUACCACUGCUUUUCCCAUUUUUCCUACUCCACUAUUUGAAAAUUAGAUAAUUGUUAAUCAACAUUCCACACACUAAAUUACAUUAUAUUCUGUGUGUUGAAUAUACUGAGUUGCAAAAUUGAACCUAUUUCUUUAAAAGAAAAAAAUCCACUUACAGUACAGUGAAAUAUAAUUCCCAGAUUUGAAGCUGUAGUGUGCAGGGCACGGGCCUGCAUCAUUGUGUGUCCUGCUGUUCCGUUUCCGUCUCUGAAUGUGGGCUCCUUGUCUCGACACGUCACAGCAAACUUUCCUGGUGGUCCACUGAUCUCACGCCAACUGAUAAACUUUAUCUGUCUUAGUC